UUUACAGGUGCUUGCACUAUUUUUCAUCGUGUGAGAGGUUGCAAUUACACGCUGUAGACUGUCAGAGAAUGAACGACUGCGCUAUCACAUUGCCCGCUGAAGACAAGUGGUUGAAUUUCCGGAAUAUAAACCACAAGAAACGAGUGCCCUUUAUCGUCUACGCGGACCUCGAAUGUGUGCUGCGGAAGACGCAAUAUGAUACAGAGCAAGCGUCGUACACAUAUCAACAACAUGAGGUAUUCAGCAUCGGGUAUUACGUGCGAUGCUCGUACGACAACGCGUUAUCCGCGUACCGGUUUCGUCGCGAUAAAGAUUGCCUCGCGUGGUUCACUAAACAACUUGAAGAAUUAGCGUAUAACGUUAAGACUCGUUUAUCAACUAAUGUCCCCAUGGAAACAUUAUCGGAGGAACAAUUGGAGGCAUACCGUAGCGUGACGCAGUGUCAUAUCUGCGAUAAGCCAUUCGCAUCGGAUGACAUGCGGGUGCGCGAUCAUUGUCAUUUGACCGGUCGUUAUCGCGGUCCUGCACAUUCUCUCUGCAAUUUAAAUUAUCAAAAUGCUUCAUACAUGCCAGUUAUUUUUCAUAAUUUAUCUGGAUACGAUUCGCAUUUCAUUAUUAAGGAAAUAGCCACGGCGUUCAAAGGGAAGACCGACGUACUCCUCAUCACAAAAGAAAAGUACAUUUCUUUUACAAAACAUGUCGUAGACACAGCUGAUAAAUUAGAUCCACACAAUUACAUAAAACUACGGUUCAUAGAUACAUAUAAAUUUUUAAAUACUAGUCUCGAAAAAUUGGCAUCAUUUCUAAGCAAAGAAAAAUUAAAAAUUGUACGUUCUGAAUUUUUACACUUAUCUGACGAGGAUUUCGAUUUAUUGACGCGAAAAGGUGUAUUUCCGUAUGAGUACGUUGACUGCGUUAACAAGCUGCAGGACACGUGUUUACCGCCGCGCGAAUCAUUUUUCAGUUCCCUGACCUCUGAUACUGUAUCCGAGUGCGAUUACAUGCACGCCGAGAAUGUCUGGAAGCGAUUCAAACGUUGGGUGAAUACAGCGAUCUAUAUUUGAAAACGGAUGUGUUAUUGUUAGCUGACAUUUUUGAAAAUUUUCGCGAUAAAUGCUUAGAAAGUUACGGUCUCGAUCCAGCACAUUAUUACACUCUCCCCGGAUACACGUGGGACGCUAUGUUAAAAUAUACAAAAAUUACUUUCGAACUGCUUACUGACAUUGACAUGGUAAUGUUCAUCGAACGCGGUAUACGCGGCGGUCUCAGCAAUGUUCAGGCAGAUAUGCACAGGCUAACAACAAAUACAUGCAGACGUACGACCCAUCGAAACCAUCCUCAUAUCUU